UGACAUGAAACGCUUGGCUGUAACCAAGCUGCUAACUUGCACAGCUAUUAGACAAGACUCGGAGGCGAACCAAUAUGGGAAAGUCUUUCUGUGAAGGUUUUUUUUUGCUGUGUCUCAACGCGGUAUAAACAUGCUUUUGAUUUCUGUCUCUGUUAUCAGGCUUUACGUCUUUCGAAUCCCCCAGAUAAGCUUUUCACCAGGAUUAGGUUGCUUGGCUGGUCCACAACAGUACUUGCGCACAGAUAUACCUGAUUCUAUCCAGCCGCCCAGUAGACGUCGGGCUAACUUGUAAACCUCACUAUCUAGCUUCUUCAUUUGGACCAUGGCAAUCACACUGAUCACCACCGUCCCUGGAUUGCACCUGCAGUCCCCUUCAUUGUCGUUAAUCACUUCCCCGACCACGCUGGUGCAUUCUUGGAAGUCCCCACAAUCACCUGCGUUUCCAGAUAUCUCUCCGACACUCCCCCUCCCGACCCCAAUAUCAUCCACCUUACAACACCGCGUCUCCACAAAGAGUACAUCUCGCGUAACUCCUUCCCCGCGCAUUCCACCAGAGCUUUUCUUAGAUAUCAUUUCGUUCCUUGCUGCUCCGGACACACUCGCUACGACGGACAUAUACGGCCAGUCCAAUCUCACAGACAUCUGCAAUUGCUCCCUUGUGAGCAGAUUUUGGUUAUACGCAGCCCGGGAUCACAUAUGGAGAUACGUGCGACUCGGAGGCGGGCGAAGAGGGAAUACUUUUGUCGAAUUAUUGCAACAUUACACCUCAGGGCAUGGAUCUACCCUGCCGAGUUUUGUUCCGCACGUCAAACACCUCUUCAUUCGUGAAUCGCGUGGAGGUUCACCGUGGGGCCCGAAAUGGCUUAAUGCAGUCUUGCCAUCCCUAGCUGGCUCGCUCGUCAAUCUCCACUCUCUCGAAGCUGAGCGUAUCACUUGGGAGUACCUUUCGUCCAAGUCUCGGGAUGCUUUCAUCAAAGGUUUCAAGGGUGUUCGAAAGCUUACGCUGCGCAUAUGGGAAUUCAGGACGACGCUGGAUAUGAUCAGGUUUAUCGGAGAGUUUGAAGAUGUAGAAGCACUCACGCUGGACGGGGUGCACUGUGAGUGGGAUGAUAUACCUGCGGAAUCGAAGGUGUUUGUAUCUAGAGCCGAUGGUAGAGCCAUCCCUAAGCCUCCAAAAAAACUUAGGAUGCUCGCCAUGCGAGGAACACUUACCAGACAUGUGUUGAAAUGGAUGAGGGCGGCAAUAAAGCACGACGGAGGGCGGGUGACGGUUGAAGUGCUGAGACUUGGAGCGUUAGAUAUCAAGAGUGCCCCAGCAGUGGGAGAGUUCUUAAAGAUGCUGGGCACAAGCUUGAAAGAGUUUCAUCUUGGGUUCGAUGCUGCAUUUAUAGACGACGGAGACGAGAUUGUAUCGCACAUUAACCUCAGUCAUAACAAUUUCUUGAGAGAGAUACAUGUGUAUGGACUCAUUAUUCCUUCCUUGCCACCCCCAGAUAUAUCAGACUUCGAACCUCCCACGCAGCCGCCACCGCAGUUGAUGCCACUCACUGCUCUCCUUGAUGGUGUGCGCGCACCGUUACGAGCCCUCUCGCUCGCAUUGCACCCCGCUGAUCUGCAUGCCCUGUCAUCAAUGGACUUCAAGGGGCUAGCUCACGUAUUGGACGGAAGGCCAUGGACAACCCUGGAGGAUGUACUUGUUGUGGUAGCAAAUGAAGACGAUGGAAGGAUGGGCGGGAUUGUUAAUCAAAGACUGAAUAGACUGUUCGAGAGGGGUGUACUGCGAGUGGACGUAGGUUUUGAUGACAGGGAGGUCCUAUUGAUUUGAACAUUCAUUUAGACAUAGCUUCGUAACGCAAUACCAUAUUCUUAUUCCAUUUUGCCAUUGACGUUCAGUGUCUGGUAUUCACUUGGAAGC